ACAAAUUACUACAUGAUUAGUAUUUGAUAAAAUUUUUUAUUUAACAGUUCAAUAUUAAUAACUAGCAAUUAGAGCUUGGCUAUUAUCAAAAAUUGAAAGUAGGUAUGAAUCCAGACUGCAAAACACUCUCAAAGUAUAAAGCCAUCUUUCUUCCACCUUCGUCUACUUGGGCUCGUCGGCGAUGCAGCUUGCCUGUUGCUGAACAAAUCUCCCAUAUACAGAUGAAGGUGAGGCAAUGGUUGAUCAUCUAGUAAUAAAGUUAUUUAUAUAAGUACACCCUUCCAUCUUAACUUUAAGCUCAAACAGGCAUUUGAAACAGAUUUGAGAUGUCAUCUGCAGUUUGUGUGACAUUAUACAGAGUAAACAAAAAAAUGUCUGCAGAUGCAGAUACUUGAGCAUUUUCUUGCAUGUUUCUGGGAACAGGGAGGGGAAGAAAAACAAAAGAAAGAUUGCUCAUUAUAAGCCCUAACCAAUUUUACAGAGUAGAUCAUUAAUGAAUGAAAAAUAGUACAAAGAAUCGAGAAGGUCAUGCAAAUCAGUUAAUGAUCAU